AUGUCGAUUCGCUUCCACAAGGGUCCUUCGAUCAUCACACUGUUUCAUGACGCCUCUUCGCCUGCUUCGAAACAGGUGCUGCAGCUGCUGACCAACACCACUCGGCGCACUGCCCAGGCAGCACCAUCCAGCGGGUCGCACGGCGAGUCGUGCGUGGUGGAAGCCAACGGCGGCGGUGUGGGUGCGUCCGAGUAUCUGAGGCAGGCAGCUGAGCCGCCGAGUGAAUCCGCCUUCCAGCUCGAGGUGGUGGAUCGAAAGGCCAACCCUCCCACGGCGCACCAGCUCAGGAGCAUCAUCGACUACCUAGCCUCCAGCGCCGAGAGCCAACAGUCUGAAGGAAAGAUCGAGGCAAAGCGAGCAAAGCCGCGUUAUACGCCCAGUGGCUUCGACUUGAAAGCUCACGAGCAGCGACGCACCGCGUUGGCACAACACCUCGUCGACUCGGACGCCGGCAUGCCCCGCAUCAAAGACGGCCCCAUCGUCGUCAACUGGGACGAGGGCUCGGCGGCUACGUCGCUCGACGGCGUGCAGCACAUGCUGGCGCGGCUCCAGCAGCAAAGGCAGGAACGAGAGCCGCCUUCGUCACAUCUGCCUCACCUUGCCUCACCUUGGUUCCCAUCCGCUGUCUCGCACCACCACACCAUGCUCGCACUGCCCAACACCAACGCGCCAGAGUCAAAGUCGCUCCUUGAGCCGCAAUCAAUACCCCCUAUGCACACGUUCGGCAACCUUGACACCUGGAACUCCGCUUCGCCGUCGAUCUUGGCUGCUGCUGCGGUCGGCAGUCUGGCACUGAUCUCGUUGACCGUACACCUGUAUAACGCCAGCGAGUGGCCACAGCGUGGAAUCCGGCAAAAGACGUUUGGCGCCGGCUCUCGUGGCAUCCCGCUUCCACCCUACCCUCAAGUCAACACAAAGCUGACGUGCCACCUGAUGGGUAUUGGCGCCCCGUUGGUUGAUAUCACUUUUGGUCGCUUGUUCUCGCCCGAGGUAUGGAGCACGCUCGCACGUCCAUCUUGGCCCACACCGCACCAGCUCGCACAUCACAACCUCCGACUGUGCGGCCAAUCCUUCGCCAACCCUUCCAGGUGUCAGCUCGGCCCACUUGACCAUGAGCCCCAAAUUGUCCGCGUACAACGAGCCUACAUCGUCUCGGCCAUCAUCCCAGUCCACCGAUGGAUACAGUUGAAGGUUCACCGACACAGUGCAAGUGCGAGUGCCAAGACUGAGCUUGUCAUGUUGUACGCUGCUCGCACGCCCCACGCGUCCGUCUGA